AUGACUGCGAAGCCGGUGCGGCGCGAGCCUGAUGAACUUGAUCAAAACUUGAACUUGGCUCAGUUCUGAUCAGAACGUUGCUUCGGCGGUUGUCAUUCCGUCCACUGGUUUCCGGGAUCUUGAUAAUUUUUUGAAGUUUCACACGAUGGGUUCUACUCGGUGCUGGUGCUUGCUAAUUUUGGCGGUUGCGUUGUUUGGAAGUGGUGCUUUAGCAUAUCCUGAUGAAGAUGACUUCUGGAAGAAGGAAAACGAUAUUCAAACGGUGCGGGAGGAUAAUUGGUUUCAAAUUGAUGAAGAAGAUGGAGAUAUGACACUCCAAGAAUUGAUCGAAAAAUAUGGCUACAAGGUGGAGAUCCAUUCGGCCACUACGGAGGACGGUUACAUGCUUACUUUGUUUAGAAUAAUGCCGCGAAAAAUAUCAGAAACCAAAAAACUCCCAGUUUUUGUGAUGCAUGGCCUGCUUGGUAGUGCGGCAGAUUUUGUCAUCAGUGGUCCCAAUAACAGCCUGGCCUACUAUCUCGCGGACGACGGUUACGAAGUGUGGCUUGGAAACGCUAGAGGAACCCGGUACUCCAGGCGUCACCAAGAGCUACCACUCCAUUCAGAGGAAUACUGGGACUUCAGCUGGCAUGAAAUCGGCUACUUUGAUCUCCCCGCCAUGAUAGAUUACGUUCUGAACAAAACUGGAUCGGAUCAACUCCAAUACAUCGGACAUUCCCAGGGAACCACAACGUACUUUGUGAUGUCCAGUUCACGGCCGGAGUACAACCAAAAGAUUGCCCUGAUGACGGCCCUUUCGCCUGCUGUUGUGCUCAAGCGCAUACGAAGCCCGAUUCUUCGAGUACUUCUCGAUCUAUCAGACACAAUCAAAGAGGUGCUGGAUUCUCUACACGUUUUCGAAUUCUUCCCUUACAACGACAACAACCACAAAGUGAUGGAAUCGCUAUGUCCUGCGAAUGCAAGGGACACUAUCUGCGAAGAACUGCUGGGUCAGUUGACCGGUCCCCAUCCGGAGUCCUAUUCGCCGAAACUCGUCGCCGCUUACAUGGGCCACGCCCCGGCCGGUGCCUCCACCAAGCAACUGAUGCACUUUGUCCAGGUGGCUCGGACCGGGCUCUUCCGGCAGUACGACAACGGCCGCAAGGAAAACCUGCAAACCUACAGCAACUGGAAACCGCCGACCUACAACCUGACGGCAUCGUCCGCUCCGGUCCUCAUCUUCUACGGCCGCAACGACUGGAUGGUCCACCCGAAGGACGUCCAGGAGUUCUACAAGAUGCUGCCCCGCGUUGUGGGCGCCAAUCUAGUCUCGGACCGAAAGUUCAACCAUCUAGAUUUUAUCCUGGCGAAAAAUGCGCGGUCAGAAGUGUACGAUAAGAUGCGACCGGUGCUCGAACAGUACAACACAAUAAACAACCCCCCAGUGUAAUCCAC